AUGCCAAUUACACAACGUUUCUUUAUUCAUUUUAUAAUUGCUGUUACUAUAUUUUCCUCUAUUAUUUAUAUUCUAUUUCGUUAUAAUUAUCAACAAACAACUUCAAUUUAUACAACUAUAAAUGCUGAUUAUCGUCGACGACCAGAAUGUUCUUGUAUAAGACCUGAAUUACUUCCAUUAUUAUCUAAUUUAACAACGAAUUCUGCGGAAACAUCAUCUUUGCAUUGCAGUCAAUAUGCUAAUCGUCGUGGACCAAAUCAACGAAUCAUAUCGGUUAGUUUAUUUGGACCCAAAGAAAAUAAAAUGUUUCAAUUUAACAGAUCACUUAAUUUCUUGAAUGAACUUAUUAAUGAUAUGAAUAAAGUUUAUUCCGAUGGAUUUACCUUACGUGUUUAUCAUGAUAAUACUAUAAAUACAACAGAUAUCGUAUGUCCUAUAGAAUGUCAAAAUCCGAAUGUUGAUUUUUGUAAUAUGAAUUCAAAACUAUUUAUUCCACCUAAAAUUUGGCGUUUUAUACCAGCAGGUGAUCCACUCGUUGAUAUAAUGAUGAGUCGUGAUCUUGAUUCAGCAUUAACACAGCGUGAACGUUCAGCUGUUAAUGCAUGGUUAGCAUCAAAUAAAUCAUUUCAUGCUAUGCGUGAUCAUCCAAUGCAUGGUGUACCAAUGCUUGGUGGUAUGUGGGGUUUUCGGCCUUCGCUUAAUGCAAAUUUAUCUCGUAUAAUUUAUAAUAAAAUUCAUCGCGAAGAUUUAAUUAAAAACUAUGGUGGUCGAAAUGAUCAAACAUUUCUUGCGAAUGAAAUUUGGCCACAUGCUAAAUCAAGUAUUAUUGUACAUGAUAGUUUUCUUUGUAAAAGUAAUUUUGGACAACAACCACUACCAUUUCCAACACAACGUCCAUCAUUCAAUGAAACCAAUUGUUUUAUAGGUUGUGUACGACCUUGUUGUGGUUUUGGUAGACCACCUUUUGGAGAAUGUCCAAAAGAUUGCCGUCCAAAAGAUCAUCCUGAAUGGGUUUAUUGCUAA